UCUAACAGUCGGUAAAUUAAUACUUGUACUCGCAUAAAAAGGAAAGCUGGAAUUGAAAUUCAAAAGCAAAAGCAAAUUCCGACUUGAAGCGGGAAUCGGAAAUGGGAGGUUCCGGCGGUAAUUCACAGAAGGAUCUUCUAUCCCUAAUUCGCGACGUCUCUACUGAAAAAUCACAAGGAGAGCGUAGGGUUGUAAAUCUGAAACGGCAAAUUGAAGAAGUGCAAUCAGAAAUCGAAUCUGCGAAUUCAGAACUUGAAGAAGCUAAGCGGCUGAAAGAAUGUACGGAACAAGAGCUUAAAGGAUAUGAAGUUGAAUUGGCUCUCAAUGAAUCCUCCAUCCAAAUUCUCGAGGGGAGGAUUUCUUCCAUUCAAGAUGAAAUAUCUACCAUUGGAUCUGAUUUGGAGGCACUUAAGAGUGAAGAAGGCAAUUUGCGAGAUGACUUUAUUGGACAAAUGUUUGACCUAAAUGCAAAGAUUAGGAAGUUCCAGCAAUUGGCAAAUGCCACUAUGAAUGAAGCUUUUAGCAGGGACACUGUAUCGCAGGAUGGUUCAUAUUUCUCAUCUGUGAACAAUGAAGAUGCUCAAAGAAGAGAAGUUGAAGAAGCAAAGAGAGAUCUUGAAGUAAAGCUUACUCAAUUGUUGUCUGAAACCAAGGAGGAGGAACACUUAUUUCAGUCAGAACAAAGUUCUCAUAUCCAGGAGCAAAAGGAACUCGAUGAUUUGAAGCAUAGAAUAUCUUUGAUGGAUGCUGUAAUGCUGGGAACUAAGGAGCUUCAAGAAAUUUCCAUGCAGACUUCAAAACUUGAAGAGGCAUGUACUUCCCUUGGUGAGCUGCUGCAGAAGAAAUGCAUUUGUCCCAGCUGCCAUUGUGAUAAUGCAGAAAUGCUGAGUGGAGUUCUUCAGAAAAGCUAGGGAAUCUAAGUUGUCUUACGCUGUAGUGGCUUUCACAAGUGAAGUUGAAGGGGUAUCUUCUGAGAGCAUGUAGAUGCAUAAUGCAGGAUAGAAAAGAAGUAUUUUGUAAAUGGAUUGUAAAACAGGUAAAUAGCGGGAAAGAAAAAGAGAAUACUUGGUAAAAACAGAUUCUUCCUUUUAUCACCUUCCGAGUCUCUCUAUCUCGUGAGUAUAUAUAAUAUAAAUGCUUUCUGUUCUAGAUG